UCCCCCGUUUUUAACAGCCUUAUUCAAAAUACAUCAAAAUGGCAUCCGUAUCCAUGAAAAUGGACCAAGUCAAGCAGUAUCACAUCUUCAAGAGCUCCUCUUCUACCUCUCUCCACUUUCCACCACCCCACCAGCUCGGUCUGUCCUCUGGAAUCCACCCAUAUCACUCGUACUCGUCUCGAAGCAAUCUAACUGCACAACCCCCCCUGUUCGUAAGAGGCCAUGCACUUGGCCUAAUUGGCCGUUCAACACCUGAUAGAGGGAACUCUUCCCUAUCAACUCCUCUCUUUGGUGGUAAAGAUGAAGUGGACUUUCAAGGAGGACCUCCUGCAAAGCGUAAAAAAAUAAUAAAACCUGUUCACGUAAAAACAUUUGAUGAGCGUUCACUCAACGAGUUGGUACUUUAUCUCCCUCCAAGGAUACCAAGUUCAAUUCUUCACUCGAAGAUGGCUCUAUCAGAUUUUGUAAUUACCACUGCCGUAACAUACGUUUCUUUGUGGGACCUUGCUAAAGAUCUGCAAGUGCUCAACCUUCGAUUUCCAGCUCAGUAUGUUGAAAAAUUGAGUGAAGACAGUCAGUUUCUGAGUGUUUUUCUUCAAAAUAUAUUUGAGCAGCUAGGCAAGGUCAAUUCAAUCGAGGAGCUUCUGUUGCCAACGGUUACUUUACACCCUCAAACAAAUCUUGCUCUGCUUCUUCAGCCGAUUGUGAGUUCCCGAUUCUCCAUCACACACUUGUUUUUGCCUAUGUCUUCAUCUCUUCACGAAUACAAUCUAAAGCAAUUUGAUCUCAAAGCAAUCGCAACCUUGCUCCGUAAAGCGAAUAUAAAAGACCUCACAUUGAUCUCUUCUGAUGACAUGGUAGAGGUAUUUGCCGAUAUGCUCUCCUCUGAGCUGAAACAAUACAACAGAAAGAACACUCCUACUGUCACCUAUUCUAGCCACGAUCUUGGAGCCCCUGGACCCAACUACAUUGCUGAAAUGGACGAGCCAUUUGUGUGUGGGGAAGCUAUCGACCCUUUCUCCCUUGUUAGCAGCCUGAACGCAGCAUCAGACAACAGUGGUGACCUUGUGGCCUAUAGAGCAUCACAGAAGUCAGCAAAACAGAAAGCCCGUAGAGCGUUCUCCACUGACUGUACCUACACUGAUGAGGCUGAGCUGAGCACCGAUGGUCCCUUUGUAUCAGAAAUAUGGAAUCUGGACAGACUCCACGAGAAAGGAAUCAACGGAUCUGGGACAACCAUCGCUGUGAUUGACUCGGGCAUCAACUACAUGCACCCUUCAUUCAAGGGGAAAAUCCUCGCCGUCAAAAACUUUGUCAAAGAGGAAAUCGAUGAUAUUGACUGCGCUAUAGAUUCUGACGGUCAUGGUACCCACUGCGCUGGUAUUGCGGCUGGAAACUCUCAUUUCUGCCCCGUCAACACUCACGAUCCAGACUCUCUCUGUAUCCGAAUUCCGCCUGGAGUUGCCCCUGGUGCGAAAUUGGUUGUCUGUAAAGUGGUCAAAACGAGCAAUGGAGACGUGGACUCAGAUGCCUUCCAUGCAUCUCUGGAGUGGCUGAAACAACAGCAUGUUAGUGGAGAAUUAAGGAUCGAUGUUGUCUCCAUUUCUCUAGCCUCAACCUACCACUCUCAUGAAAGAGCACAAGUUAUUUCAGACCUGACUAGUCUUGGGGUUAUCGUUGUGUGCUGUGCUUCGAAUGUCGGUCGUCUUCGUCUACAACCCAUCGCAUUUCCUGCUCGUUUGGGUCAUGUCCUCUGUAUCGGAGCUCACGAUGAGAACGGUAAACCAACAUCCUUCUCUCCUGUCGGUCGAGAACUUGAUUUCCUUGCCCCCGGUGACAACCUCUGGGGACCUGGGCCAGGAACUGUGGGCCCGUUUGCAAUGGACUGUGCUAGUGGGACGUCUUGUGCAACACCUGGAGUGGCAGGACUUGUGUGUCUUAUCUUACAAGCCGUGACAGAGAUCUGUGCGAGUGAUAAGGAGGAGUACCAGAUUGGAGGGAAGCCACUUAUUGAGCAUAUUCAAAACGUGUGGGUGAUGAGAGAGAUUCUUAAAGAGAUGAGCUCCUCCCCAGGUCACCAUGCUGAAGAGAUUGGGUAUGGAACUUUGAACCCGUAUCGGAUUUUGGAUCGCAGUCACGAGGAGAUUAUGAGGAUCAUCAAUGAAAUUGUUGAGGACGAAUAGUAUUAUCACCGCAUCAUUUUAACCGUGCAGUCAUUUAUGUUUAUCACCUAUUUUAUACUCCAGCUACUACUGUAUAGCUUGCUUAACAUUCUUGUUGUAAAAUAAUGCAUUAACUUAUUGUGACAAUAGAUUCCCUUUCCAAUUAAUAAA